AUGGCUUCUUCAGUUACUCAUCUGGCCUUCUUGAUCAGUUGGAACAUUGUCUAUCAUUCUUGUGUGCAAACUUAUCACUGCCCCAAGAUCUGUCGCUGCUCCACUCAGUUUGUAAAAUGCACCAAAGAAACAGCAGCCGGUGUUCCAGCUGCGGUUGUACGCAGCUACUCCAGUCUGAGGUUUACUCACCUGCCACUGAAAAAGAUCCAAAGACAUUCUUUUGAAGGACUUAGUGAUAUUAUAAGAAUUGAUAUUUCUCAGAGUGAUUCCUUGGAGAGAAUUGAGACUCAAGCUUUUGUUGAUCUUCAGGACUUGGUGGAACUCUCAAUUCAGAAUACAAAGCACCUGGUGAAAAUUGACCAAGAAGCCUUCAGGAAUCUACCACGGCUAAGAUACUUAAGCAUUUGCAAUACCGGGGUAGGAUUCUUUCCUGAUCUGACUCACAUCCACUCCAUUGCAUCUAGUUUUAUUCUAGAAAUAUGUGAUAACUUGCACCUUUUAUCAAUCCCAGAAAAUGCAUUUCAAGGAAUGAACAAUGAAUCCUUGACACUGAAGCUGUAUAAAAAUGGAUUUGAAGAUGUGCAGAGCCAUGCAUUCAAUGCAACAAAACUGGAUAAGUUAGAACUUAAUGAUAACAAAAAUCUAAGAAUAAUACACAAUGAUGCUUUCAGGGGAGCUAUUGGACCAGAUGUAUUAGAUGUUUCUUCAACAGCACUUGAGUAUCUUCCAUCUAAUGGAUUGGAGUUUAUUCAAAAACUUACUGCACGCUUUACGUACUCACUGAAAAGACUCCCAUCUCUGGAAAAGUUUGUCAAUUUGAUGGAAGCAAAUUUGACGUAUCCCAGCCAUUGCUGUGCAUUCAAAAAUUGGGAGAAAUCAAGUGGUUUUGGGGAUGACUAUUCUCAUCUUAACCCACCAUCACAGCAUCUGGGACAGCAGAGCAUACAGAAUUUUUCUGUCGGAAUGAAGAAAUACCCUUCCUCACAGAAUUAUUCACACUUCCCUGUCAAUAAUCUUGAUGAUGAAUAUGAACAUUUAGAAGAAAUUUAUGAAAACGCAGUAUCGUUUGAUUACGGAUUUUGCCAUGCCAAGGUAGACCUUGUCUGUACUCCAGAACCAGAUGCCUUCAAUCCCUGUGAAGAUAUAAUGGGAUAUAAUGUUCUAAGAGUUCUGAUAUGGUUCAUUAACAUCCUUGCUAUCGUGGGUAACCUCAUUGUUUUUAUUGUUUUGGUGGUUAGUCAGAAUAAGCUCACAGUCCCACGAUUCCUCAUGUGCAAUCUUGCUUUUGCAGACCUCUGUAUGGGUCUCUAUUUGCUACUUAUUGCAUCUGUUGAUUUGAGCACCAAGAGUCAGUACUACAACUACGCAAUAGACUGGCAGACUGGGGCAGGAUGUGCCAGUGCCGGUUUCUUCACUGUUUUUGCAAGUGAGCUUUCUGUGUAUACACUGAUGGUGAUCACCUUUGAAAGAUGGCAUACAAUUACCCAUGCCAUGCAAUUAGACAGAAAGAUACGUUUGAGACAUGCUGUUGUGCUUAUGUUUGGAGGUUGGGUGUUCUCGCUAGUUGUAGCAAUACUGCCCCUUGUUGGAAUCAGCAGUUACAUGAAAGUUAGCAUCUGUUUGCCAAUGGAUAUAGAAACUCCAGUUUCCCAGGGCUAUGUUAUAUUCCUAUUGGUACUGAAUGUUAUAGCCUUUAUCAUCAUUUGUAUAUGCUAUAUAAAAAUAUAUUUAGCUGUGAAAAAUCCUAACUUUGUUUCUAAAAAUAGUGACAUGAAGAUUGCCAAACGAAUGGCGAUACUAAUCUUUACAGACUUUGUAUGUAUGGCUCCUAUAUCAUUUUUUGCUAUUUCAGCAGCUUUCAAGUCUCCACUUAUUACAGUCACUAAUGCUAAAAUUCUGCUGGUAUUGUUUUAUCCACUGAACUCAUGUGCUAAUCCAUUUCUCUAUGCAAUCUUUACAAAAGCAUUCAGAAGGGAUUUCUUCAUUUUGUUGAGUAAAUUUGGAUACUGUGAAAUACAGGCUCAAAUUUAUAAAACCGACAACUCAAACUCAAGGAGUGGCACCAAAGAAAGUUUAGGUGCAGUUGUCAAGCUAGCAACAUUUAAUGAGCAAAAUUUGCCAGUCAACACAACUGCUAAAUAUUGCUGCAAAGAAUGUUAA